AAUAAACGCGUGGCGGCUAUUUGCUUCCGAAAGAGUAGACACCCCACCUUCCCCUCGGACAAUUCCAUAAUUGAUUGGAAAAGUGUAUUUUGGAUUCCAUCCGAAUUAAUAUCAAGGUUCUUCCCACCCCACGCCAAACACCAAACAAACUCAAACCAUAUUCUUUUUGACUUUUCGACAAAACAAACUUCCCGUUUGCAUUGAGUCUAUUGCGGUUUGGGUUUGAGUAAGGUUUUCUCUUUCGCAAGGGUUGCAGGGAAAAUCAGGAUGCGAUGAGAAUGUCGAGUGUGAUGGCUAGACAACAAUUUUUCGCGUUGUGGAAGGGAAGGCCGGCGAUGGGGAUGGGGGUGGGAAUGAAUUCUACGCGGUCGAUGCCGCGGGUUGCAAUGCACACGCUUUCGAAAUCGAUGUGUAGGGGGAGGAAUGGCGGUGCGCUUUUUUCUGAUAUCCGCGUGGAGUGGAGUGGUAUGGGGCUAAUGGGUUACAGAUCACGACGGGAGAGGGGGAUGGUGAGGUAUUCGACGGAGAGUGGCGGGGAGAAGGAAAGCAAACAGCCCACGCCCCUUAAGAAACCCCUCGAAGUUCUGAAAUCCAUGAAAUCGCUCACUCCCCACGAAAACAUCUACACCAUCCCCAAUAUCCUCACCUUUUCUCGUCUCAUUGCUGCGCCCGUCUGUGGAUACCUCGUUCUGCAUGAUCAGCAUGCGUGGGCUGUUGGACUCUUUGCCUAUGCCGGGAUUACGGAUUUGGUAGAUGGAUGGAUUGCGAGGAAAUGGAAUUUGCAAACGGUGGUGGGCACGGUUAUUGAUCCGAUGGCGGAUAAGACGCUGAUGACGAUUUUGACGGUUUGUUUGGCGAUUAAGGGGGGUUUGCCUGUCUGGCUCGCAACCAUAAUCCUCGGUCGCGACAUCGGGCUCGCCAUUUCCGCCAUCUAUUGGCGAUGGAUUUCUCUCCCUCCCCCCAAAACCUUUUCUCGUUAUUGGGAUUUCUCGCUUCCAUCGGCCGAGGUACAUCCAACUACUAUUAGUAAGUAUAACACGGCAUUGCAGCUGGGAUUGAUUGGAGCGACGACGGCUUUGCCGUUGAUUACGUGGGAUGUUGGGAUUGCUAUGACGGGGCUUAAAUACCUCGUAGCCACAACUACCAUCUGGAGCGGAAUGAGCUACAUCUACACCAAAGACGCCGUUAAGAUUGUCGGUCAACCAGAUGCUACCAAGAAGGAAAAGGCAAAGGAAAAGAAACAGGAAUAUGGACAGGGACAAUCCGACAAGAAACAGUAAAGGGAAAUUAUACGAAUAGGUGAUUAUGAUGAUGGGAUUGCAUGUAAUAAUAGGAAUCCAGACUGUAUAUAUAUAUAUUGGAAAUAUACAUUAGAUUUUUUUUUUUGGU